AUGACAAAAGAAACCGCCGAUUUAACAGUAAAUGAACAGAAAGUACAAAUCAAUUCAGCUUCAUCAACUAAUGCUGCGCAUAAUCAAACAACACAACACCAACAACAGCCCAAUGACGUCAUGAGCAUGUUGCAACAACUUCUGCAAAAACAAGAUCAAUUGCUUGAAGAAAAUAGAAAAUUGAAAAGCCAGGUAGAAAUUCAACAAGUCACCAUCAACAGCCUCUCUGAAGCCGUUGAAACGUUACACAUAAAUCUACCUCCACAGCAUGACUCAAUAUCAAACCCAUCAACUGAUGCAACACCAGAAUUUUUCAAAGAAAAAUUCAGUCUUCAACAACAAGCUGCUAAACAACUACAAUCCAAACGAAUUGAUCAACUUUUAAAUUCCACUCCAUUCUCAGGGACAAUGGUGCAAGAAGUCACUGAUUGGCUUGAAGAAUUUAAUGCUAAGUGUGAUAAACUUCAUUUCGAUGAUACGCGCCGGUUAUCAGUGGCUGUUGAUCUUCUUAAAGGUAAUGCAAAGUUAUGGUACGACACUCAUAAAGAAGGAAUUGAUAAUUGGAAAACUUUUACGGACAAAUUAACAAUUUAUUUUCAACUUGUCACCGGUACUGAUCAAUUUCAAUUAGAACAAAAGCUUUACAAUCGUCGUCGUCAACAUUAUGAAUCAGCAAUUGAUUAUUGCCACAAUGUAUUAAAAUUAUGUUCGAAGGUUAACAAAGAUAUGAGCGAAGAGAAACGAAUUAAACAUCUUAUUCAAGGUCUUAAUCCAAAUGCUCGCUUACACAUGGAUUUGAAAAAGCCAAGCAACACAGAAGAAUUUCUUGAAGCACUUAUUAAGUUCGAUAAAUGGCAAAUGGAAGAACAAAAUCAACAACGCACCCAAACAUCAUCCGAUCAACGACAGUACACUUCGACGAAGCCAUCAUCUCAAACAUAUAGUCCCGUACUUCAACAACAAACGUCUAAAAAUUAUCAGCCUUCGUAUGAUCAGAAACAACACAACAGCAAUGGAAAAGAAUAUGAUGGUUGCUGGUCAUGCGGGGAAAUACGUGAUGGUCGUAUUUCCGUUCCACAAUUUCAUCCAUCACUUAUUAUAAUUAAUACUGUAAUCAAUGGUAAAUCAACAUAUGCAAUGGUAGAUACAGGUGCAACAACAUCAUUGAUCUCACGAUCUGAACUGAAUACCAUUCCACAUUCAUCAAUUCAACCAACUGAUACAACAGCAACACUUGGCGAUGGUCGAACACAAAUAUCAAUCAAUGGAUUAGUAGAACUAGCAAUAACCAUCAAUAAUAUCACCACAUGUAUUAAAGCUCUUAUCGUUGAAUCCUUGGGUGCGAAUAUCAUUCUAGGAAUGGAUUGGUGUAAAUUAAACAAUGUAAAGGUGAAUAUACAUCAGAAUCAAAUUGAAAUCACUCAUCCACAAUAUGGAAAUACAACAACUCCAUUUAUCAACGAUGGAUCGGUCGAUGCUUGUCUCGAUGAACGUGUAGCAUUACUACCAUAUCACGAACACAUUGUCAAAAUGCAGACCCCAAUAUCUUCUGCAAUGCUUGCUAUUUUUUUACCUGAUUUUAAAAAAUGUUCAAAGUUAAAAAUUGAGAUACCUGAUGCUUUUGUUGAAAUAAAAGAUUUUUCAUUUUACAUUACGAUUUUUAAUCCUACUACAAAUGUUCACACGUUAGAUUCUAAGUUAAAGUUAGGCUCAAUAUAUUAUCAAUCAAACACUGAAAUAAUGUACAAUGUAUUUGAAACAUCAAAGCCAUCAAAUAGUGCAACACCAUGUGUAGCAAUUAAUGCAAUAGAAGUAAAUGAACCUCCACAAUUACCAUCAACACCAAUCGUUGACAACAUUUUACAAGAACUCGUGGCUCAUAUCCACGACGAACAGCAUCGUAAGGAUUUCCUGAAAAUCCUUCACGACAACAAACGAUCUUUCGAUACUUCCAAAAUGACCAGAGCGACUACAAAAAUCCAUCAUACCAUCAACACCGGUGAUCAUCCACCAGUCAAUGUUCGUCCCUACUACAAAACAGUUCAACAGCGCAAAGAAUUACAAGAGGAAGUUGGAAAACUACUAAACCAAGGAAUUCUCCGGCCAUCGCAUUCGCCGUGGUCUUCGCCCGCCUUACUGAAGAAGAAACCUGACGGUUCUUACAGGUUUUUGGUGGAUUUCCGCCGUUUGAAUUCUGUUACAACACGGGACUGUUAUCCGCAGCCAUGUGCGGAGGAAUUGCUUCAACGUGUUGGUGGCCACCGGAUUUUUAGCAAACUCGAUCUUAGGUCAGGGUAUUUUCAAAUACCAAUUCACGAAUCUGAUAUUCCAAAAACGGCCAUAGUCACUCAGGAUGGCUUAUACGAAUUCACAGUUUUGGCGCAAGGUUUAACCAAUGCCCCACCUACC